AUGAACGUAAGCUGUGAGUUCACCGACAAGGUGCCCCCAAUUAAUAGACAUAAGGUGAAACAAAUAUUAAGGGCCACAGAGACUGUCUAUUUUGUGGACUCUGAAGGUCCUGUUGCAGGUCACAAAACAGGUGACAAAAUGGAUGAUAUAGAUUCUUCAGGAGAAUUCUCUUCCAACGCUCCAGAACGGUCAAGCUACACUAGUUUUUCCACUUCCUUAUCGGAUAUUGCUCCAACUCGAAAUUCAGAUAAAGAAGCUAACGAAGUUUCUGUCGAGAGUACAGAAGAUAAAGAUGAUCGCGGCAUUUUAGGCAAGAUCUCUAAUUUGGUGCCCAUGCCAGGCCUGAACACCACGAUGACGCUUCUGACUGAAGAUGAGACUAAAAACGACAAAUGUGAAAGCCAAUUCGUGUAUCUAUAUCAUAGUGGCUACUUAGAUCCUUUUUUGCUACACAAAAGUGCAGCCUUGCCUAGUUCAGAGUCUCAAAAGUUGCAUCUAAAAACCCUUGAGACUUCUUGUCAACCCCAGAUGCAGAUAACAAUUGAGGAUGGAUCUAGAAGUGAGUCAAACGAUAAUGGAUUGAAAAUAGAGACGUUUUAUCCGCAUACAUCCAAUCUAUUUGAGCUAUUUUUGAAACACAUUAACGCACACUUUCCUGUGGUAUCUGCAACCGAAUUCCAAAAGCGCAUCAAUCAAAACAGAUCUUGCUUUCUACUUUUGACAGCUCUAAUUCUGGCAACCGAUAGCUGGCAAAGAGAUCCAAAAUUGACGCUUAUGGAGCGGCCUAACGUGGAUCCAGUCGUCCAGCAAGUCACACAAUCAAUACUUACCGAAGCCUCUAAACCAUCUCUCGCAGCUAUUCAAUCCAGCCUGCUUUUGUCGCAAAAACUAUAUCUGAAAGGGUUUGGCAUUGAUGGCACACUCGAGCUUGCAAUCCUGAGUGUAGCAUACACUUUUGCACAGUCCAUGGGAAUCAAUCUUGACUGCACACAAUGGAACAUUUCUGUUUGGGAAAAAAGAAUCAGGAGGCGUCUUUGGUGGACACUCUAUAUUCAGGAAAAAUGGUUCUCAUUUUCUCUUGGCCGCAGAAGUCAUAUUUCCAGAACAGACUGGAAUGUGUACCCGCUCACAGAAUCCGACUUUGAAAAUGAGACUCUAUCUGAGAACAACGAACAAAGACGCUAUAGUAACAAGUUGUUCUGCUUGAUGGCGGAAUUGACAAAACUCAUGGACGGUUACGCUAGUGAAGCUGAUCAGAAUACUUCUCUUGAAUCAGCGUAUAAAAAAGCUGAUGUUCAUUUGCAAUUAAUCUCAGAAUUUGAAACCAAACACUUCGAUUAUUUUAGGCUGGAAAACAGUGUAUACCCUGACUCCCCGGUUGCUGCAUUAGUGAUAGCUAGUGUGACUGCCAAGGCGACAAUAUAUAAAUCAGUGCUUCAUCGAAUCUUGUUAUGGGAGCAGGAGAAAUCGGAAACCACGAAUGACGUCGGCAAACACCAAUCGAUAUCAAAAGAGGCGAAACAACGGAGCAUUUUGCUGUCUGCGGAAAUAUUGGAUAUACUUGGACGGCUCCGGCCAUACCAUUUUGAUUCCUUCUGGUAUUCAUGGGCUAGAUUUAACUUUGCUACUAUUUCGAGCUUUUUUUUACUCUUGAAUCAGAUGGCCUCCAAACAGCAGGAGGAAGAAACAAUUAAAUCGCAUAUUACCAAACUUCAGUUUUUCAUUCAAUCGAGACUAUCGAUCUUUAGCCACCUGACUUUAGCAUCCCAGGUUUUGGACCUCAGUGGAAGGUGA